CUGACUCUGUUUUGCUUUUCAUGCAGAAAUGCCAGGUUUUGUGCUGUGAGACGUGUCUGGAAAUGGCUGGAAGCAUCCGAGGGCCUGAACGGAGGAUCGUCCUGGUGGGCGGAACCAGAAAUGGGAAAAGUGUGACGGGAGACACAAUCCUGGGAAGGAAAGUCUUUCAGCUUCAGAAGCCAUUUUGGUCAGUAACAGAAGCAUGCCAAAAGGAGGAGGCGCAGCUGAAGGGCAGGAAGGUUGUGGUAGUUGAUAUGCCUGGCUUUUUCCAUUACUAUCAUCCAGACAAGGCUACUGCUGCAGAAGUGAGAAGGUGUGUCAAGUUUUGUUCCCUGGGUCCCCAUGUCAUUCUGCACGUGAUGGAUCCUUCUGGUUCCUUCCAGGAGAUGUACGUGGCUCAGCAGAUUGAAGAGAAUUUUGGCCUUAAAGCCAAGGAUUACAUGAUCAUAUUGUUCCCCUUCAAAGAUAGCCUGGAAGGUCAAUCUAUAGAAAAUUUUAUAUCUUCCCGAAAUAAAAAAGCAAAGAAAUAUAUUGCUGAACGUGGGAACCGGUGCCUGGCUUUCAACAAGGCCGAAGGAGAGGAACGAGAGGCUCAGGUGGCCGAACUGAUGGCCAUGAUUGAUGCUGUGGUGGAAAUGAACAGAUGUGCUCCUUGUUACACAGAAGACAUGAACGUCAAGAAAAGAUACAACUUCUGAUUGUUUCCCUUUCCAUCACAGACCGGCAAGUCUCCCAAAUUCAGCCUCUUCUGCUCCCAAAGUGGCAACUCGGCCAAAGGCCACUCUCAAGCUUCCAAAGGCAUUUUUGCCAUUGCAACUAUUAUCGCUUCUCCGCUUGCCAACGAAUUAUGUGGGGGAGGGAAGGGGGAGACAGAACUUGAGUUUCAGACAUCAAGAUGCCAGCUGUGAGAACCAAGGACACUUCAGCAGGUGUUUCCCAGACUAUCUCACAACAAUAGCAGGAGACUCCAUUGGACAACGGGACCUGGUCCAAUAGGUGGAGGGAGAACCUGAAUUCCAACUAUGUGGCUCUGGGUGGGAAUUAGCUAGAUCUGGUUUUGCCCUCAUCUUUGCCGAUACGAUGUACUCAAUAAAGUUUUGUGCUAAGAGAUGAGAUCGUCUCAACCGU